CUCUACCACAUCUUUUCCUUCCCUUCGCCUCUCUAUUAAUGUGCUUGGACACAGAGCUCUGUGAACAGCCAGCCUCUUUAGCAAUGACCUUUUGUGUCUUGCCCUCCUUGUGCAAGGUGUCAGUAGUUGCCUUUUGGACAGUUGUCAAGUCAGCCGUCUUCCCCAUGAUUGUAUUGCCUAAAGAACUAGACUGAGAGACCAUUUAAAGGCCUUUACAGGUGUUUUGAGUUAAUUAGCUGAUUAGAGUGUGGAACCAGGUGUCUUCAAUAUUUAACCUUUUCACAAUAUUCAAAUUUUCUGAGAUACUGAUUUUGGGGUUUUCAUUAGUUAUAAUCAUCAGAAUUAAGAGGAAAGAACACUUGAAAUAUAUCAGUCUGUGUGGAAUGAAUGUAUACAUUAUACAAGUUUAACUUUUUGAAUGGAAUAACUGAAAUAAAUCAAACUUUUUGAUGAUAUUCUAAUUAUAUGACCAGCACCGGUACUUAUAUAGUUAUCAAGACAUUUCAAAAGCUUGAACUUUGUCUUUGUCUCUUUUGUCCCAGAUUGAAUGUACCCUUCUGAUGAAACAACUGGCCCCAGCCUGGCCCCCUCAAUAAAAUUGGUAAAGAACCGCCACUUGCAGGACCCUCAGAUGAUCUGCCACGUGUUCUUUUGUGUGUUUACAGGCUGUCAGGCUGUCUGAUCACAGAGAAAGGCUGUGCUUCUCUGGCCUCAGCUCUGAGCUCAAACCCCUCCCAUCUGAGAGAGCUGGACCUGAGCUACAAUGAUCCAGGAGACUCGGGUGUGAGUCAGCUGCUGGCUGCUGGACUGGAUGAUACACACUGGAGUCUACGGAUGGAGCCUGGUGGAGUCCAAUGGUUGACACCAGGUCUGAGGAAGUAUUCCUGUGAACUCACAUUUGACACAGACACAGUAAACCGAAAGAUCCAACUGUCUGACAACAACAGGACGGUGACACGUGUGGACGAGGUUCAGCCAUUUCCUGAUCAUCCAGACAGAUUUGACUACUGGCCUCAGCUGCUGUGUAGAGAUGGCCUCACUGGUCGCUGUUCCUGGGAGGUUGAGUGGAGUGGAGGAGUUGAUAUAUCAGUGAGUUACGGAGGAAUCAGGAGGAGAGGAAACACUAAAGACUGCAGGUUUGGAUGGAACAGUCAGUCCUGGACACUUUUCUGCUCUGAUGAUGGUUACUCUGUCUGUCACAAUAAGAUAGGAAGAUCCAUCUCCUCCUCUGUCUCUAACAGAGUAGCAGUGUAUGUGGACUGUCCUGCUGGCACUCUGUCCUUUUAUAGCGUCUCCUCUGACACACUGAUCCACCUCCACACCUUCAACACCACAUUCGCUGAACCUCUUUAUCCUGGCUUUGGGUUCUGUUAUGGUGCCUCAGUGUCCUUGUGUUCGCUGUAGGAGGGACAGUCUCCUCCUGUUAGAAAAAUAUUCUCAUUGCUGAACAGAUCACAGUUGAAUCUUUACAGGAUCACAGUUACAGAAAUCUUUCAAGUUAUUGUAAUAAAUUAAUCACUGAACUUAGUACAAAGUUAUUCAAAGUAAUUGCAAGUGGUAUUAUGUCUUCUUGACCACAAGGCAGAGCUAGUGCCUUCACUAAAACUAGACGCUUGCCACUUCCACUCCGUCACAGCGUGAACUCUUGUCGGAGUCACCCUCACAGCCAAAUUGAGCUCACCAAACCCGCGUAGGCUAUAAAUACUGCGGCCAACUUUUGGAUGAACUACCCUCUUCCCAGCGUAAAUAGGAUCUGACAUUAAAGUAAACACUGGGGAUCAUCUGAGCUGCCAGAAGAAUAUCACAAGAACUCAUUUCUCAUCUCACUAAAUGUAGGGCUGCAACUAAUGACUAUAUUCGUAGUCGACUAAUCUGUUAAUUAUUUAUUCGAUUAGUCGACUAGUCACGAUUAUUUUUGUCACCCCCUAACUCUAAUUAAACCAUUUAACAAAUUAAAUAUCUUUCAAGUGAAUUACUGUUCUCCAACACAGCCUAACUGGCUAACGUUCCCAUUAACCACAACGCCAGGGGUAAACCAUCCUAUAAUUCACUGGUUUACACUAACUUUAAAAGAUUUUUGCUUUGGAACUAUAUAAAAUAAAAGUAAAUCAAAAUCAAGGACUAUAACCACAACUUUACACUAACAAUGUAAUGUCUAUUUAGAAUAAUAAAGCAACAGCCCCCAGGCAAUAACUCAGUAGAGAAUGUUCUGUAGGCUACAUCACGAGCCAGAUGUUCUAAUAACUUUUCUAAAGCUGGGUCUAUGACAUUGCGAGCAUUGUGUUGGACAGAUUUGUGCAGUGGUGUUUAUGAGAGAGAGAGAGAAACACGUCGACUCAUUUUUAUAUUUAAAUUCCAUGUCUGUAGUUUCCAACCUCGUAGAAAUGUGAGUAUUAGCAGAAAAAAAGGACAAACGUGUUUUAGCAGUACAGGUUUUCAAAAUGAAUUUAACAAAUACUAUUUAUAACCAAGCAAAUGGUGAUCUAUAAAUGUUUAUUGACAUUGGACCUCUUCUGUAUGUUAGGUAGAGAGCUUCAUCAUCCCAUGACUAUACACACAUAAUAAAACUUCUAUACAUGAAUUACGUUUGCACUGUAUGACUGACAAUGUACUCAUCCCAAUUAGUAAAGCUGCACUGGACUACGAUGACUAUGAUGUUAUAUGUGUGUUUUAUUUAUUUAUUUAUUUAUUAUGUAUGCUUAUUAUGGUAAAUGUUUCUCUAUUUUAUAACUGUACUAGUCUACAGGCCUCUGCAAAGAAAGUGUUUUAAAAUUGAAAUAAAUAUGUGCGUUCUCCGAC